AUGCCGUUCAUCAAGGGAGCGACAACAUUAGGUUAUACCUUCAGAAACUUUGACCAGACCAUCAUCACCGUCAAGGUCGGCGGCAACGAUUACCCAGAGUCUUUUAGUUGCCAUCGCGAGCUGCUCAAACGAUGCUCAUCGUACUUUGCCCAAUGCUUGGAACAGAGGAGUGAAUCACCAUACCAGCAUUCAAACACCACACUCGAGCUAGAUGAUACCAGUCCCGAUGUUUUCGAUGCCUUCAUGCUUUGGCUUUACACGGGCUUCAUCCCACACCACCUCAUCGAAGGCGGCAAAGAGAUACAUCCUCCCACACACGCCAUCAGCCUUAGCAACGGCGACAGUACCACUUUGACAGAACACACCGAAGGUGACGAUGUCGACACAGCCUCGUGGGGCAUUGCUCUCGAGACCGACGACACUACCAUAGAUGCACAAGGCGGCAGAGACACAGCCACUAGCCCCAUUCAACCAAGCGCUGAAAAAGUGCCUGGCGAUAGCGAGAGCGAGAAGACCGCCAUAACACCACCGGUCCGGAAUCCAGCAGAGAAACCCGAGAUACCCAAAGAAACUCUAUGUCCUUGUUGCUCGAGGCCUUAUAAAUGGCGAGGUCUAGAGGGUUUCCUGGAGCGGCGAUUCAUAUCCUUAUAUGUGUUCGCACAUCGAUAUGCUAUUCCUAAAUUGCGCCGCGCAGUGAUUCUUGCGUGGCAAAACAACGAUGAGAUUCUCCAGGCCAUGCCUGAUCACAGCAAUGUGAUCGCGGCGUACGAGAGUCUCCCUCCAGAUGCGUCCCUCUGCAGGUACUUUCUCGAUAUGUACUCUGUAUACUGGAACCCAGAUCGCGAUGAUGAGCGUACCAUUGCGUUACGAAGUCAGCUGCCACAAGCGUUUCUGUUCGAGUUAGUGACGAUGCUCGCACGAGGAGAGAGACCAAAAAUGGAGAAGGAAUGGUGUGAAUUUCAUGAGCAUGAGAGUGAGGAAGAGAGAAAGGUUUGUCAAGAAGAGUUGGGCAAGGACCCAGUGGCGAGCAAAGCGUUCAGGCGAAUUAAAGAUAGCAAAGGCUGGAAGGGUCUGGUGUUGAAGAAGGGCAAGCGAUAA